AUGAAUUUUGAAAACAGAUGGGUCUUGAGAUCCGCUCUGAACUUCGCAAGUGAUGGAGAAGUAGUCAGAGAAGUAGGUAGAGAGUUCCAGAGAAAAGGACCAGAAAAAGCAGAUUUGGCAAAAGAGUGUUUAACACGAGUUAAGAAAAAGCGGGAAGAAGACGACGUGGAUAAAAUAAGAAAAAGUACACAUAGUUCUCCGUCUUAUCAAUUAGGAACUAUGGCACGGAUGCUGACGUCAUCAUGGCCCAACAUGACAUACAUAAUAUGCAGUGUGAUAGCAAAAAAGUUUGAUAAAUAUAAUAUAUAA